AGGUUUUCGUCUCACAGCAGCCCACCCUCGUAGCAAUCAGCAAUCACAACCAGCAAAGGAGUACACAUCCAGACACGUACAAUCCCGUGUCUCCAAGUUUUUACGUCUCGGAGUUCAAAUUCAGAUCUUUUUGCAACGGAGAGAACAGCUAUCGUGCUGGUGCUGGCGAUGGUGGCGUGCGUCGCAGUAGCUGACAUGAUGCGUAAAAGCAUUGUGUUUGACUCAAAAACACCCAAGGUGUUUUACUGCCCACAAGAAAAGCCCAGAGCCCUGGACAAGAUGAUCGUUAAGGCACGCCCCAUCGAGAAGCUGUGCGAGUUUGGCGGAAAAUCGCUACCAAAGAGCUACAAGUCUGACUGUUACAAUGAUAUUGAUGAGUCAGAGUAUGCGUGUGCAGAGAAGCAGAGGAUUCUGUUGAGAAUCAACCCACCUAAUGACACAGAAGCCACCACCACCUUACCACCCACAACUAAGACCACCUAUAAGAAGGGCAAGCACAUCAAGAUCUACAACCUCUGAGAAGCUUUGAAAAAAGCGGACUUCACGUUGAGGCAGCUAUUUCUCAACACAUGUCACGUUCAACAUGUGUCGUGUUACUAUAAUGUUAUGCCAUAGAAACAUGUUUCGUACAUUGUCUAUUUAAAUAAUAAAGACACAUUAAAGGAGCA